CCUCUAUAUAAUUCUCGAGACGACGACGACGACGACCAGCUCUAUGACGACCGAUAAAUACUCAAUUAUUCUUCCAACGUAUAAUGAGAGGAGAAACCUUGCUAUUAUUACAUAUUUUAUUAGAAAAGUACUAGAUGAGGGAAAAAUGGAUUGGGAGCUUAUCAUUGUUGAUGACAAUUCUCCGGAUAAAACGGGAGAAAUGGGGAAAAAACUUAUUGAAUUGUACGGGAAAGACCGUAUUAUACUGAAAACACGGCCAGGAAAGCUUGGACUUGGUACGGCAUAUGUCUAUGGACUUGAAUAUUGUAGGGGAAACUUUGUUAUUAUUAUGGAUGCAGAUUUUUCUCAUCAUCCGAAAUAUAUUCCAGAAUUUAUUCGUUUUCAGAAAGAAAAAUCAUGGGAUAUUGUUUUAGGAAGUCGAUAUAUAGGUGGAGGAGGUGUAUAUGGAUGGGAUGUUAAACGAAAGCUAGUUUCAUUAGGAGCGAAUCUUUUGAGUAAAAUUCUGCUUCAACAUGGUGUGAGUGAUGUUACGGGUAGUUUUCGAUUGUAUAAAAAAAGUGUUUUAGAGAAGAUAAUUGCAGAUUGUAAAAGUAAAGGAUAUGUUUUUCAGAUGGAGAUUAUUGUGAGGGCUAAGAAAUACGGAUAUUCUAUUGGGGAGGUGCCUAUUACUUUUGUAGAUAGAUUGUAUGGGGAAUCUAAAUUAGGAGGAGACGAGAUUAUUGGAUAUGUAAAAGGAUUAUGGGAUUUAUUUAAUGCAUUAUAAACAGAAAUAUCUAUAGUGUAUUAUCUAAACAAAAUGUUACAUAGAAUUUAAUUUA